AUUGUAUACCCUUAGCUCUCUCCUGCCUUUUAAUAUUUAGUGAUUUUUUUCUCUUUUCUUCACAAUCUACACCCCACUCUUAUUUAGUUUCCCUUGUUCGUUGCUUGUUUCUCCUUUUUUCUUGAAUUUAAAAACAAACACAUUAGCAAAGAUUGCAGUUUAGAACAGUUUAUGUUGCUAAGCAACAACCUGCCUUUCAGUGCAACCUACUUUCCAUAUAAGCUCCCCUGUGUUGUAUCGUGAUCCAUGCUCCUCGUCUAUAGUUAUGUAGCAGUCUUACAUGUCAGUUUCACUUGCCUGUUUUCAGAUGGUGUCCAUGGAGCUGGAGAUUGUCAGGUUUGGCCAAUAUACCUGGCAGACGGGCAUUGCUGGCACUUGAUGAGACUGUCCAGUUUGGCCAAUAUACAUGGCAGAGGGGCAUUGCUGGCAACUGAUGGCAUAGAUCACAUGAGAAAGUGGCCUCUUUAUGCAAAGUUGAGCAGACACUCUUUUCAAGCAUCAGUAUCUGUGCAUGCAGGUAUGCUGGAGGAUGAAAAAUCAACUCAGACCUGUAUCCCCAUGUCUUCAACUGCAAGUGGAAUAAUUAACACUGAGAAGAAAACUAGCUGUGGUACUCAGUGUACAAAACCUAUGGCCCAUGCCUCUGGAACUGUAACACAGAAACAGAAUGGCUUCAGAACAACAGAGGCUAAAUGGGACACCAAGAAAAUGCCCACAAAAGAAGUUACCAUUAAUGUUACAAAAAGCAUCAGACAAAUUGACAGCGACAGAAGAAUCACAAAAAAUUGUGUCAAUUAAUGAAUUAAAGCGAAGAUGGACCUGACAAUACUUUGCUGCACUUUAACUGUGACUGAUCACUUAAAAUUUGAAGAUGUUCUGUGUUGAAUACAAUGGGCAACGGCUGUUGAGUGCCUUGAGACACAUUGUCUUAACUAGCAGUAAACAGCUGUGAACACUGUUGGAUGUUCAGCCAUGAAUUUCUCUUGCAAUGGCACUGUACAAAAAUAUAGCAAAAUGUGUGCCAUUCAUGUUUCUCUUUCCCAGUCCUCUGCUAUCUAACUGUAGUUUUUCUAUGCUGCAUUGCUGUUAGAAUGAGAUUGGACAAUUAGAGCUGCAGUUCAUCUCACUUUGAAACAGAGAAAGAAUUAAUCUAUGUUAUUAGUAAGUAGCCUGAAAUGUGUUAUCUUCAGUUUUACCAAGUUAAAUAUCUGACUUUCAUUAAAAAAAAAAAAAACCUCAACUCCAGACAUCUCAGAAGUAAACACAAAUGGCUUCCAAUUUUAAA